UGAACUUUGGGAGUGUCUGAAUCUAACGACCAGUCGGACAGGGUAGCAGUGCCCGGGACCCAUAGAUAUCGCGACCCCAGAGAACUGGGUAGAAUGGUCUCUGGUCGGGAGCCACGAUCUCCUGGCCCUUAAGGUCCCGGAAACACCUUCAAUUGGCCACAAGGUAGCAUGUAGGGAGCAGCUCAAGUGGUGAUUGGCCUUACCUUGACAAGUGCCGCCUACUGGGACCGCCCCAUCUGCCCGCUGUCCCUGAAUUACCUGUCAGUGGCUUGUCUGCUCUGCACCUAACUUCACGCCGGGCUGAGGGAUGCCAGGUCGGAACCGGGCCAGAUCCAGAAAACUGGCUGAAGCAAUGGCAGCUCCAGGGAUACCACCUCCCUUAACCCCAGAGGCAGCUGGUACCGUCUCAGGGGGAGGGAGUGGGGAACCCAAGCAGCUGCCUGAGCUGAUCCGCCUGAAACGAGAUGGAGGGCAUCUGAGUGAGGCAGACAUCAGGGACUUCGUGCAUGCAGUGAUGGAUGGAAGUGCACAGGACACACAAAUCGGGGCCAUGCUGAUGGCCAUUCGGCUGCAGGGCAUGGACCUAGAGGAGACAUCUGUGCUGACUCAGGCCCUGGCAGACUCUGGGCAGCAACUGGAGUGGCCCAAGGCCUGGCACCAGCAGCUUGUGGAUAAACACUCCACAGGAGGUGUGGGUGACAAGGUCAGCCUGGUUCUGGCACCUGCCCUGGCUGCAUGUGGCUGCAAGGUGCCAAUGAUCAGCGGACGUGGUCUGGGGCACACAGGGGGCACACUGGAUAAGCUGGAGUCUAUUCCUGGGUUCAAUGUCACCCAGAGCCCAGAGCAGAUACUGCUCUUACUGGAGGAAGUGGGCUGCUGUAUUGUUGGCCAGAGUGAGAAGCUGGUCCCUGCUGAUGGAAUCCUGUAUGCUGCCCGAGAUGUGACAGCUACUGUGGACAGUAUACCACUCAUUACAGCAUCGAUCCUCAGUAAGAAGGUCGUGGAGGGACUCUCCACUCUGGUGGUGGAUGUUAAGUUUGGGGGGGCUGCAGUCUUCCCAGACCAGGAGCAGGCCCGAGAGCUGGCAAAGACGUUGGUUAGCGCAGGAGUGGGCCUGGGGCUGCGGGUCGCAGCAGCCCUGACCGCCAUGGAUGACCCUCUGGGCCGCAGCGUGGGUCAUACCCUGGAAGUGGAAGAAGCAUUGCUUUGUCUGGAUGGUGCGGGGCCGCCGGACCUACGGGACCUGGUCAUUAGGCUAGGGGGCGCCAUCCUUUGGCUUAGCGGACAGGCGGAAACCCAAGACCAGGGCGCCGCCCGAGUGGCCGCGGCGCUGGAUGAUGGCUCUGCGAUGCACCGCUUCCAGCUGAUGCUUUCGGCGCAGGGCGUGGACCCCGGCCUAGCCAGAGCACUGUGCUCCGGGAGCCCCACGCAACGCCGCCAGCUGCUGCCCCACGCCAGAGAACAAGAGGAGCUGCUCGCACCGGCAGACGGCACCGUGGAGCACGUCCUGGCGUUGCCGCUGGCCCGUGUGCUUCACGAGCUCGGGGCCGGACGCAGCCGAGCGGGGCAGCCGAUCAGGCCGGGAGUGGGUGCCGAGCUGCUGGUCGACGUGGGUCAGUGGCUGUACCGCGGUACACCCUGGCUCCGCGUACACCUGGACGGCCCCGCGCUCAGCGGCCAGCAGCGCCGCGCUCUACAGGGGGCGCUCGUGCUGUCGGACCGCGCACCCUUCAAGGCCCCUUCGCCCUUCGCUGAACUAGUCCUCCCACCGACCUUCGCACAGCCCUAA